AUGGAAUCAUUGGACAAAUUUCGUCAUUUCUGGCAAGAAGAAAUCUCAAAAGAGAAAUCUAAUCAAUCAAAUUCUGUCAAUGAUAUUCCACAAAGUCCAACUGGUGAUCUCUGUCGAUUAGGUACAAAAUCUAAACAUUCAAUUGAAUGUCAAACAUCGAUUCCACUACCAUCUCAAUCAAUUCGUCCAUCGUAUUCAAUAACUAAUAAUGCAUCAUUUACAAUUGGUAUUCGAACAUUUAUUGCUUCAAAUUCUUCUUCGUCCACAAAAUUAUCAUUAAUUGAACCACCACCACUUAAAAAAUUAAAAACAUCAAAUUUAACAUUAAUUGAUGAAUUAAUACGAGAUAUUGAUGAAUCAACAGACAUACCAUUUUUUAAUAUAUCAUUACCACGUGAAAUAGCAUUACAUAUAUUUAAUUAUUUAUCAAUUAAAGAUUUAUAUUCAUGUUUACAAGUAUGUAAAUCAUGGUAUUCAUUAUCAUGUGAUGAUAUAUUAUGGUAUAAUUUAUAUAAACGAUUAAAAUUUGAUAAAAUAAAUAAAAAUCCUGAUUAUACUUGGAAAAAUCAUAUUAAAGAAGCUAUUUUAUCAAAUCAAAAAUUAAUACAAAAUUUUAAAAAUCAUCAAUGUCGUACAACUAAAUUAACUAAUCGUCUUGGUAUUGUUUUAACAUGUGCAAAUAAUAAUCAAACAACAAUUCUUGCUGGUUAUUCCACUGGUAUUAUUCGUACAUGGUCUAUUGAAUCUAUUCUUAAUGUUAAUGAUAAUGAUGAAGAUAAUGAACAAUUAAAUACACCUGAUAUUAUUUAUGAAUCAACAGAUACAAAUCAAGAUACAGAUUUAUCAAGUGUUAAAUCAGUAGGAUUUUUAAAAAAUGAUAUUUAUGCUAUACAUGAUAAUGGUCUAUUAGAAGUUUGGACGAAAGAUAUCGGUGAUAAACCUCGUUACACUCAACAAUUAACAUCAUUACCAAUUCAACAUAUUGCAAAUGAUGAUAAAAUAUUAUGUACUGCAAGUCGAUCGAAAUUUUGUGUAUGGAAUUUUAAUGAGAAUGAAUCAAUUCCUCAAUAUCAAGAACUUAAUUUCCUAACCGAUUUAAACGAACGUAUUUUAUCAUUCUGUAUGUCUAGUCAUCAUUCCGUACCAAUAUCAAUAAUUGCUGCUAAUAAAUCUCUAUGGUGUAUAUCAUUAUCAAAUCUAAUACAUCGUCAUUCAUUUUAUUCAAUACUUGAUUCAGAUUAUAUACAAAAAAUUCCAUUAGAUAUUCAUAAUGAUGAACCUAUAGCUAUAAUUGGACUUGAUCGUGAAAUAAAAUUAUUUGAUUUAGCAAGUGGUCGUUGUAAUAUUGUAUCAACAAAUUAUAAAAAUUCUCCAGCAAGUAUUCAUUUAAUUCGUGCUGAUAAAUGUCCUAUAAAUGAAUUUAUAGUUGCAUUUGAUAAUUUUCAAAUAAGUAUAUUUGAUCGACGACAAAAAGAAGGAGCUAUACAACAUUUUUAUAAUCAUUUUUCUACAAUAACAACAUUACAAAUGGAUACAUGGAAAUUAGCAAGUACAGAUGUAUGUGGUUUUGUUCGACUUUGGGAUCGACGAAUGUAUCCACAUUCAUUAUGGCAUAUGAAUCCUCAAUCACAUCCUGUUACACAUUGUUCAUUUGAUAAACAAACACUUAUUUUUGCAUUAACACCAUAUUGCAAACAACCAGAUAUGAUUGAUUAUCAAAUUGAUCCUGAUCGAUUAUCAGGACAUAUUUAUGUAUGUGAUUUUAAAUCUGAUAUUUCAACACAACUUGAUGAUGAUUUAAAAAUUUGUACAUCAUCUUAUGAUGUUCCACAAGCAUCGAAUAGAAGGAUUGGUUUACAUACGCCAUAUGAUAUUAUUGAAGAAUUUCUUUUUUUUUUUUUAAUUUUAUGUCAAUUAAAGUAUUAUUUAAUGGAUAAUUUGUAUAGUUAUGAUUAUCAAUUUCGUUUAAUUGUUGUUGGAGAUUCAACUGUUGGAAAGUCAUCAUUAUUGCGAACAUUUUGUGAUGGAGUUUUUUCACAAGAUCCAGAUCCAACAGUUGGUGUGGAUUUUCAUGUAAGAAUCAUUGAAAUAAAACCAGGUGUGAAAGUUAAAUUACAAUUAUGGGAUACAGCUGGACAAGAACGAUUUAGAAGUAUUACACGUGCUUAUUAUCGUAAUUCUGUUGGUGUUCUUCUUAUAUAUGAUACAACAAAUUAUGUUAGUUUUACACAUGUAACCAAUUGGUUAAAUGAUGCCCGUCAACAAAUAGAACCAUAUCAUUGUGUUUUUCUUCUUGUUGGUACAAAAAUUGAUCGAGAAUCUGAACGACAAGUGACAACAGAAGAAGGCAAAGCCUUUGCAGAUUUUCAUAAUAUUCCAUUUAUUGAAACAUCAUCAAAAUCUUCUCUCUAUGUACAAGAAGCAUUUGCACUUAUUGCUCGUGAAAUUUAUGAUUUAUUAAUUGAAGGCCGUAUUCAUAUUCAAAAAGGAUGGGAUGGAGUAAAAGUUGGUCCUAAUACAGCUAAUGCAAAUCAGAAUCAAUCAAUUGAUAUUACGCAAAACAAUCAACCUCAUCGAAGUGGAUGUUGUGGAGGCUAA